CGAUCUCCCACAGCAAACAAAAGCCUUGCGAGCUAUUCUAGCGUAGUCCACAACAUCGUUCUCAAACGGUCCAACGUCAAUCUGUGUGCAAGUCUCCGUUUUUCUCUGCUCUCCGUGAUGUAAGUUGUGCAGUUGUCAAUCGAUACGCGAAGUUCGGAUGGUGACGAAAGUUAGGACCGUUUUCCCAGUGAAACCCGUGUCUAGAACCCUACCAUGAUGACCAAAGAGGCGCCUCAGUCUCCUAGCAAAGUCAAAACUAAGGCCGUGGCAAUAGUGGCGCCCCAACGUAGCAAUAGUCUGGAUUAUCUGAAUUUCCAGGAGAAACGGGAACUUAUAGCUUCGUCUCUGUCGAUUUCGGAUUUUCUGAGCGUGGGCAACGAUGCCACCAAGGAACUGAAGGAGACCACCAGUCUGAUCAUCGCUAAAAAACAGAAUGGAUCGGCUUUCCGAACUAGCAGUCUUGGCAGUGCUGGUGGAAGGACACCUCCUUUAGAAAGAAAGAGUAAAUUUUCCAUAUCCAAGCUUUUGAGGCCGUGGAAAUGGAAAAGAAAAAAGAAGUCAGAGAAACUUGAAGCCGUCUCGAGAACCUUAGAAAGAAAAAUAUCUGUCCGAGCUAAUAGAGAUGAAUUGGUGCAGAAAGGCAUUCUCCUGCCAGAAAGUCCACUCAGUCCUAUAAAAUCCGAACCAGAAGAAAAUGUCACAACCACGUGCUAUACCACCAACAGCUCGCAGACUAUCUCCCCUCAACAGACUCAAGUGACAAGUAGUAGCAACUUAACUGUACCUCAGGGACCACCGCCAGCGUAUUCUAUGUCACCUCUUGCGAUGCACCAUCACAUGCAGAUGAAUCAUCAGCUGCUGCAGCAGCAGCUGAUCAUGAACCCACAAUUUGCCCAAGCGAAUGCUGCCAAUAACAAUAGCAUAGAACCAAAAAAAGAAAAGACUGAUGGAUUGAACCAGAAUGGUGCCCUAUCUCCGAGCUCAGAAAUGCCAAUGCAUGUUCAACAAUCUGCUUUUGAUGAAAAGCCUGAAAGGCCGAGUACUCUCGGUCAUGGAAAGCUCACCAGAAGGUUGCUUUGCUACCACAGCGAACACUUCAAUGACAGAGAACAACAAACGUGUACGCCGCCAAUGCAGCAAGACAUCCAUAGUGAACAUCUUCCACCGCCUCCCUCCUCAGCUGGAUUCAUCCUGCCAGAACUUCCAGAACCACCAAUACCGGUGUCGGAGAUUGGACCUAUACCUCCACCUCCUAUGUUCAGCUCCCCAAGUCCCAUGCCACGACGACAAGUAACAACUCCACCAAUCAUCAAUCAGCAUAUCGAUUAUGAUUACGAAGAUGGAGAGGACGAUGAGGAUGAUAUUAACAACUCUGCAUUCGAUGACGAUGAUGACUCUGAGGAGCAUGUCUCCUAUAUGUUUCGAAUGCCAAGACCAGACCCUACCAUCGAUACUAACCGAAUCGAUGAAAUUCCAGCAAAAGAGCCCCGUUUUAAUGCUGUACCACUGAAAUCUGCUCUCAAGAAGAAGCCAAGCAACAGUAGUUCUUCUGGAACCCCGCAAGGCACACCAACGCAAGAGAAUAGAUCUGUAUUGAAACAUGGAAUGGGCGAUUCCGGCUCUAGUUUUAGAGGGUCGCAACAGAGAGCUCGGAUAAGAUUCUGUACAAAGCCAGUGAAAUUUUCCAUCGGUUUGUCGUGUACUAUGGAGAACAAGGAAAAUACUAUCAUUAUCACUGAAGACAAUAGUGACAGUGAUUCCAAUGAUGGUCCUAUCAACUACAGGGAUGAUAACGACGGAUCUUCUUCUGAUAGGUUAGCUCUGAAAAUUGCUAGAAAGGAAAGUUUGUCAUUGAAGCUGUCACUGAGGCCAGAUAGACAAGAAUUGAUUAACAGGAAUAUUUUGCAAGUACAAAGUGAAAAUGAGAGACAAGAGGCGAAGGAAGCCAUUGGAGCAAGACUAAUUAGAAGAUUAAGUAUGAGACCAACAGCUGAAGAACUUGUCGACAGAAAUAUUCUCAAGACACAAACACCGGCUGAUUUGAAGAAAGAGAAGGAAGAAAAGAAAAGAUUCCUUUUACGCAAACUAAGCUUUAGACCGACAGUAGAAGAAUUAAAAGAGAAGAAGAUUAUUCGUUUCAAUGAUUACAUUGAAGUAACACAAGCGCAUGAUUAUGAUCGAAGGGCUGAUAAACCUUGGACUAGGUUGACACAAAAAGACAAGGCUGCAAUAAGGAAGGAACUCAAUGAGUUUAAGAGUGCAGAAAUGGCUGUCCAUGAAGAUAGCAGACAUUUGACAAGGUUUCAUAGGCCUUGACAAUUGACAAAGUUAAGGAAGAAUUCUAUAAAUACUGUGAUGAAAAUAGAAUUAGCAAUCUUCAAGUAUACCCCUUGUUUGCGCCUGUCACAAAACCAUGAAUAACACAGUACCAUUGAUUUAAUACUGCAUUGCGUAUGCCUGUGAUUGUGUAGGUUUUAUUUGUUAAUUUUUGUACAUAAGUGAUGUUUUUUUACUCAGAUCAUGUGACUCAUUAAAGCUAUUUUAGGUAACAGAUGAUCUCUUAUCAAGAGAAAUGAUUGAUCAAAAUUAAAUAUAUGUGGAUAACGUGUAUUAUAUUGUCAAACACAUUUUAAUGUGCAAUGUAGCAAACAAGAAUCGGUCCAGAGAAAAUUGAGAUAUACUUUCAAUGUAUACAAGGAGUCCCAACUGUAACUUCUCAUACUUAAUCUUUUACAAUAAAUAAACUUCAUUUUGAGAAAAUUAAAAUGAAUUUUUAAAAAACUUUUGUUUCAGUUGAAUGUCAACCAUUCUGUAAAAUUAUUCUUGAAACUAAUCUUAAUUGUUGAAGAUUGCCAGAAAAUAAUCAGCAUUAGCCCAUAAUUAAAUGAUUCCUUUCUCUUACGGAUUAUUAAAAGUAUGAGAAAAUAUACUUGGUGAACCUUCUAUUUUGCUCUCUGAAUAUUUCAGAGAAUAUUUUAAAAAAUUUUUAUAUGAAGUUUAUUGUUUAAAUGUUUUUAUAUUUGUUAUUGUACCACAAAUGUUUUUGUCUCAGUUAUUUCUGGUUAAUCAUACACUUUUAAAACUGUAUACUCAUCUGUGAAUAUCAUCUAUUAUUUAAAUAGUAAUUUAAGACAGUCAAAUAGACACUAGCAGAGUAAAUAGAUAAAUGAUCAUUUUAAUUAAGGACGUAACUUUGUCAUGUUGACAGAUUCCUUUAGAAAUAUUUCAUGUUUUUAUUAUUCCAAUGUUAGUUAUGUUUGUAGCCAAAACUUUGAAAAGUUUUCAACUCAACAAUUGCAAUCGUCUGAAUUUAUAUUAUGUUCAAAUUCGUAUUAUUAAUUAAUAUAGUCUCAAGCAAACAUUUAUAAUAUAGGAUUAAUCCUCACAAUGUCCUGAUAGAAUAGUCAGAAUGAAGCUUCUGUAGAAAUAUCUAUUUCGAGAGGAAUACAUUAAAAUACUGAAAAAUAUACUCUCACAAACUUGCUGACUUAUGAAUACUGAGCAAGAUCAUGAAACUUCUUCAAUAAAAACAACAUGAAAUAUUUCAGAAUAUAAUGAUAAAAACUAGUUUAUAAAAUCUUAGGAUGAUCAUCAGAAAUAAAUAGCAAUUUGACUAUGAAUGAAUGAUAACACCAAAAUUACUUGAAGUUUCUGAAGUAUUGUAAUCAAACGAACAUUCUUGAACUAAUAACCACUUUUCAGAUGUUGCUCUAUAGUUUAGAUAUUUUGAAUUGAAAAUUAAAGUUGAAAGCCUCUCAUUUGCAUUAAAGUUGGAAAAAGAACAUGUUCAAUAGAUGAUUUUCACCAUUAUUUUUCAGUUCGAGUUCCUGAAGGAUUUCACUACUAAGUGGUAUGAAUUUUCGGGUUUUCAACUGUGGCAUUACAAAUUGUAUUGCUGAAAACUUAAAAUCACAAUAAGCAUUUACAAAUCAAAUUAAAUCUAAAUAAAUAAAAAAAAAAUAUGUAAGACCUCUAUUUUCAUAACUACACACUGAAUCUAAUUUUAUAGUUUACCCAAUAGUAAAUUCCUUGAGAAACUCUUAUUUGUAUUGUACAUAGGUGAAUUUGUAUAUAUUUCUCUGAACACUAAAAUUUUUCUACACUCAUUUAAACGAAUGUAUUGAAAAAUAUGUUCCCAUAUACUUGAAAUAAAAAAUUUCCAUUACCUA